ACUCGUGCAAAACGGAGGUAUUUAAAAAAGCUAUUGCAAAGUUUCGGUGUUGCUGUUGUCUUCUUGUGAUUAGCUGGCGAGCAUACUGUUUUAAAUUGCCUCUCCACUGGAUUCAUCAUGGUUAACUUAGGUGAUGUUAUGCCUAACUUUAAGGCUGCAACAAACGAAGGAGAAAUCCAGUUUCAUGAUUUUAUAAAAGGAUCAUGGGCUAUCCUAUUCUCUCACCCUGCAGAUUUCACCCCUGUAUGCACUACAGAAUUAUCACAAGCACAGAAACUUGCACCAGAAUUUCAAAAACGUGGUGUUAAGAUGGUUGCCCUGUCAUGUGAUGAUGCUGAAUCUCACCAAGGAUGGAUUAAGGACAUCAAGCAUUACACAAGCGAUGCUUUCAGUUACCCAAUUAUUGCUGACCCAAAAAGAGAAAUCGCAACUAGUCUCGGUAUGUUGGAUCCAGAAGAAAAGGACAAAGCUGGUAUGCCUCUCACAUGCAGAGCUGUGUUUAUCAUUGGACCAGAUGCAAAACUCAAACUUUCAUUCCUUUAUCCUGCAACUACGGGUCGUAAUUUUGAUGAAAUUAUCCGAGUGAUUGAUUCAUUACAACUCACUGCUACUAAAAAAGUUGCCACGCCUGUUAACUGGAAGCCAGGGGAUGAAGCCAUGGUGGUACCCUCAGUAAAAUCAGAUAAUGAAAAAACCUUAUUUCCGAAGGGCGUACGUCACGACACGGUACCUUCCGGAAAAGCUUAUAUGAGAUUCACAAAAGAUUAUUAAUCAAAGCAGCAGCAGAAACUUAAUCUUUAUUAGUCCAGUUUAUUUUGUAAUUCUUUUAUUCACUUAAAACUUCUUUUAUUCUUAUUAAAUCCUACAAUAAAAUAA